UUUAACAAACAGGAGAUGUUUAGCUAAAUAUAUUCAUUGGGUAUUUUGGAUCAAUGGUACGGUAGUAUUUAUUUUAACAUGUUUUUUUCAUAUUAUUCUUUGUUAUAAACAAGUUUAGAACGCCAACUCAUAUAUUUGUGUUUGACAUCCCAUUUGCGUAAAAGGCUGAACAAAUCGAUUUUCCAGUGUCAACGAUGAGGCACACACAACUGGUGCAGUAUAUUUUUCUGCUGCUCCUUUGUGCCAAAACGUUUUCGAUACCUGCUUGCAAUUAUCGAAUAUGCAAAUUUUAUUCGAUAUCAAAAGACCAUGUGCUGAUAACUAACGAUGACUUAAUAAUCAUAGUUUCGUCACCGAAUGCAUUUCGAUGUGCUUCAUACUGUUGCAACCAGUCUAGUUGCAAAUCCAUAAACUAUUAUCCAGGACGCUGUGAGCUGUUGACAGUUCAUGUAGAAGUACCAUCUAAACUGGCCUUCAGUAACACGGGAAGUUACUAUGAAGUCCACAAAUCGAGUGGUGUCUGCAAUAAUACAAAUAAUCUUCAGAUAUCGAAUGAUUCAACAACGGAAACACCAGGGUACACUGGAAAUUCCUACAGUGAUUGCAUUAAUAGUUCUUACUCAGAACCCGUAGAUAUCCCACCUUUUACAGAUUGUUACGUGGGCAUAUCAACUGGUGUUGUACCAAAAUCAUCAUUUAGUGCUUCAUCGUUUCAAGAACUUGCACACUUUAGUCAACUUGGGUGCAAGCAAGCUGUUGAUAUAGGGGGCUGGUUUGCAAGUGGCGUAAACGAUUGGAUACUGGUAGACUUAACAGCGCCCUUUAUUGUAUAUGGAAUUAUAACGCAAGGCGGUGCUUGUUCUUCGACUGUCGAUUGUUCAGAUAUCACACAUGACGGCAGCAGCGGCUACAUGUAUUAUAUAACCUCUUUUAGAGUCGAAUGGACAAUUGACCUUUUAUCAUCCUGGUCAAGUUUUCUAAAUCCUUCAAACAAUUCACAGGUAUUUGCAGGAAAUAUUGACAAUACCACACCUUUAAUAAAUUGGUUCGCUAAUCAAGAAAUUGCAGUAUAUGUAAAAGUAACGAUCAACACAUUUUCAAAUAGCCCUGCUCUGCGUUUUGAGCUGUUGAACUGCUCAUCGGGAGAUGAUUCCGUGACUGAUGCUCUACAGGUUGAUGGUAGUGUUAACAGCGAAGACACUGAUGUUCAUGAUGACAAUAAUAAUAAUGACUAUAAUGAUGAUGAUGAUGAUGAUGAUGAUGAUGAAGAUGACAAUCAUGGCAACGACAAUGACAGUGAUACUGAAGGUUAUGACAAUGACGAUGCUAACGACGAUGACAACGGCGUUCACAACGAAAAUGAUGAUGAAGUAAAUCAAGAUGACGACAAUGACGAAAACAAUGAAGAUAGCGAUGGUGACAACGAUGGUAGCGACGAAAGUAACAAUGACGACGAUGAUUAUUAAAGCGAUAAAGGUAACGAUGACGACGAUGAUGAUAGCGAUGAAGACGACAAUGACGACGAUAAUGAUGAUAGCAAUAAAGGUAAAGAUGACAACGAUGAUGAUAGUGAAGAAGGUAACUAUGACGAGGACGACGAUAAUGAUGAUAGCGAAGAAGGUAACGAUGACGACGACGUUGAUGAUAACCAUGAAGGUAACGAUGACGAUGACAAUAGCGAUGAAGGUAAUGAUGAUGAAGAUGAUGAUGAUAGCGAUGAACGUACCAAUAACGACGACGACGACGACGUUGAUUAUGACAGCGAUGGAGCUUACGAUGACGACGGUGAGGACGAUAGCUGUGAAAGUAACGACGAUGAUGAUAGCGAUGAAGGUAAAUAUGACGACGACGAUGAUGAUGAUAAUGAUGAUGAUGAUGAUAGCGAUUAAGGUAACAAUGAUGACAAUGAUUAUGGUAGCGAUGAAGGUAACGAUGACGAUGAUAGCGAAGAAGGUUCCGACGACGACGACGAUGAUGAUGAUAGCGAUGAAGGUAACGAUGACGACGAUGAUGACGAUAGUGAUGAGAGUGACGAUUAUGAUUAUAGCAACGAUGAGGAUGAUGAUUAAUGUUAAGAAUACUAGAUAUGAAGAUUAUAUUCAUGAACAUAAGUGUAUGUCGUUUAAGAUUGUAAAAUGACAAGGAUUACGUUUGGAAAUAAAAAUAGAAAUAUUUUUGUUUUGCUUUUUAAAGAAUUAACUGCAGGAUACAUUAUCUAAUAAACUAAAAAGGCAAUUACAGAUUUAAAAAAUUCCUUACCUAAUAUUGUAUUGGGAUAAAUGACAUAGGCCUACUAUGAUUUUUUAGGAAGUAUUCUAAUUUGUGGCUACUGUGUUGUUUAAAAACAUUACUUGUAAAUCAUCAUUAUUCCUGAUGAUGCUUAAAUAAAAGCCAUGGCAAUUUUUAGAGUGACAUUCUUACUAUUACUUGUAAACAAAAAAAUGAUAGGCUCAAUAACCGUCAAAUGC